GUGGAACAAAGUGCAGUCUUUAGAAUCAUGUAAGUCGGUCUACUCAAAUUACUCUCGACGACAAAAAUGUUAAUACUUUAAUGAUUAUAAGAUUGCGAGAAAUUAAUAGAUUUACAGGAAAACCCAAAAAAAGAAAAAGAGAAAAAAAAGAAAAAGAGAAAUAGAUAUUUUUUUCACUAAUUUUCUUCUAUCUUCAUCCGUUCUUCCAGUGAUUCAUAAACGAACAGAUGAAUCUAAAACGCUAACUUGAUCCGAAAUUUCCUAUCUUUUUUUUUUUUGUUAGACAUCACAAGAGAUUUUGAUUCUUUGAUAUCAAAUACUCUUAACCUUGUCACUGUUUUCCUGAGAUUUUUUUUUUUGAUAAUCUGAUUCCAUUCUUUUUUAAUAUAUUCUUUCCGAGCGAAUCUGAUUUUGUUUUCAUGUCCGCGAGGAUUUCAUUUCUGAAAAAUCCCGAUCCCUGCAGUCACUUAUCUGAUUAUAAGCUUAGAUAUGGUACCGAUGGUUACAAAUCCUUCCAGAAAUUGUUCAGAUGCUUCAACGGUGGAAGAAUUAAGAUCAAACCGCAAGAAAUCGAGAUACCCAGAUGCAGUUAUUGCUCGGUUGAUCACAGGAGACUCUACAUCUGUUUGAUCUGUCGCUCGAUAUCUUGUUCAAGCCACAUCCUUUCGCAUACCCAAUCGAACAAAGGACAUGAUAUCGCCAUUGACGUCGAAAGAUCUGAGCUUUAUUGCUGCUCUUGCAUCGAUCAAGUGUACGAUCCCGAGUUCGACGAGGUUGUCGUAUCCAAGCAGCUUACUGGCCUGGGUAUUUCUGUUAAAUCCGGAGCCGAUGUUGUCGCGGUUAGAUCGAACAAGAAGAGGAGACUGGACUCGCAGUUGAUUAUAGGAUCGAACUUUUUGGUCUCACCCAGAGAUCUAAGGGAAAAAUGGUCCUUUCCUCUGGGGUUAAGAGGUUUGAACAAUCUGGGAAGCACUUGUUUCAUGAAUGCCGUGUUGCAAGCACUUGUUCAUGCUCCUCCUCUGAGGAACUUCUGGUUGAGUGGUCAGCAUGAUCGUGAUCUUUGUUCUAGAAGAGCGGCGGGUUUGUUGUGUUUGCCUUGUGAUCUUGAUGUUAUCUUCUCUGCAAUGUUUUCCGGUGAUCGGACUCCUUAUAGCCCAGCUCAUUUGCUCCACAGUUGGUGGCAGCACUCAACGCAUCUAGCUACAUAUGAGCAGCAGGAUUCUCACGAGUUCUUCAUUUCGCUGUUGGAUUGUAUCCACGAGAACCAGGGGAAGUCGAAAUGUCUGUACAAAGAUCAUGAAGAGUGUCAGUGUAUCACUCACAGAGCAUUCUCUGGUCUUUUAAGAUCAGAUGUGACCUGCACAACGUGCGGAUCCACGUCAACAACUUACGAUCCGUUCAUCGACAUUUCACUUACUUUAGAUUCAGCGAAAGGAUUGUCUCCCGCGGAUUGCAGAAAGAACAGAAACAGUGGUGAGCCAAGCGUGAAACCAGCCAUGGCAACUCUCUCAGGCUGCUUAGAUUUCUUCACGCGGUCAGAGAAACUCGGUCCGGACCAGAAGCUAAACUGCCAAAGCUGUGGAGAAAAGAGAGAAUCUUCCAAACAAAUGUCCAUAAGAAGACUUCCUCUGCUUCUCUGCUUGCACGUGAAGCGUUUCGAGCAUUCUCUUACCCGUAAAACAUCGAGGAAAAUCGAUAGCUACUUGCAGUAUCCGUUCCGCCUUAACAUGUCUCCUUACCUCUCUUCCUCCAUCAUCGGAAAACGGUUUGGGAAUAGGAUCUUUGCCUUUGAUGGAGAAGGCGAGUACGAUGGUUCAUCGUCUUCAUCGUCGUCAGCGGAGUUUGAGAUAUUUGCAGUCGUAACUCAUUCGGGGAUGUUGGCAUCAGGUCACUACGUGACUUAUCUGAGGCUCAAAGGGCUGUGGUAUAAAUGUGAUGACGCGUGGAUCAACGAGGUUGAAGAAGAAGUGGUGAGAGGGUGCGAAUGUUAUAUGCUGUUCUAUGCACAGGAGAGAGUGAUUCAGAAGGCUCAUAAGGAAUUGAGUUAUCAAGUUAUCUCCAUGGCUGAUGCAUUUCCCUUUGCUGAUUGCUGACUCUUUUUUACUUGGCCAAUGAUUUUGAAGCAUUUUACCUUAAUACUGUUUUUUGUCGAUUGAAGGUUUAUGCAAAAUAUUUCAAAGCCAAGUUAAAUUAUUCAAUUUCUUUCUUCAUUACAUUAGUAGUGUUCAAGAUUAUCCACA